GGGGGUGAUCUGUCUGUCAUCUUACACUGAGACACCAGGAUGAGCUCAGCUCGAGAUACACUUCAUCAUCAUCAUCAUCAUCAUCUCUGUACAAUCCACUAGAUACAGGAAGCUGAUUCUCCGCAGAGGUUCCUGGUUGCCAUGGCGAUGUCUCCUCACCCCGCCGUGCAGGCCGUUAUAGACCUGUCCGCUGGAGCCGUAGGCGGGAUGGCAUGUGUGUUGAGUGGACAGUCACUGGACACGGUAAAGGUGAAGAUGCAGUCGUUUCCGUCUCUCUAUCGGGGUUUUCUGCACUGUUUGGUCUCCACCUACAGGCAGGUGGGUAUCAGGGGGCUGUAUCAGGGCACCACGCCCGCUCUGAUGGCCAACAUGGGCGAGAACGCAGUGCUCUUCAUGUGCUACGGCUUUUGCCAGGAGAUGGUGCGGCGAGUGUGUGGCCUGGACGGAAACACAGCACUCAGUGAUGUACAGAAGGCCUGCGCUGGCUCUGCAGCCUCCUUCUUCUCCUCCUUUGUGCUGUGCCCUACUGAGUUAGUGAAGUGCAGACUGCAGGUGAUGACUGAGAUGGCCAGCUCAAGGAAGAUCACGUCCUCUCACACCUCGGUGUGGUCAGUAAUCAGGUCCAUCCUGAAGGCAGACGGCCCGUGUGGGUUUUUUCAGGGUCUCACUCCGACCAUCGCCAGAGAGGUGCCGGGAUACUUCUGCUUCUUCGGAGCGUAUGAGCUCUGUCGCUCCGUCUUCUCUAAACACCUGCAGUGCAGCAAAGAUGACAUCGGCGUGGUCCCAACUGUGUUUAGUGGCGGUGUGGGUGGAGCCUGCCUCUGGUUGGUGAUUUAUCCCAUGGACUGUGUGAAGUCGAGGAUUCAGGUGAUGUCCAUGACGCAGAGUCAGGCAGGAUUUUACAAAACCUUCACACACAUCUUCAGGACUGAAGGUGUGAGAGCUCUAUAUUCGGGUCUCACCCCUACGAUGAUCCGGACCUUCCCAGCGAACGGGACUCUCUUCCUGGGUUAUGAAUUCAGCCGCAAACUGAUGAUGUCACAGUUCAACAGCUGAUCUACUUCUUUCUCUCUCCCACACACACACACACACACACACACACAGAGCUCUAUUGGUUGAGUGGCUGCUCUCGUUAUUAGCAGUUAAACACUAAUGGAUGAGUGAGUAGAGUUGAGUAUUAACACUAAUGAGUGUGUCUCGGCACUACAGAGCUCACACUCAUCCACACUAACACAACCUGAACUUAUUUUAUUUUCUUUCCUGUUGUUUUUGGUGCUUUUGCAGUAGAAGUCGUAGUCUACCUCAGAGGCUGUGUCCCAAAUCAGCAUGUUUCACCGAAGUGUCACUUCCUGCGAGUGUGUAGUGUGUUUGAGGCCUGAGUGCUGCAGUGUGUCGAGCGGCCUGUGUGAAGUUUCUAGAAGAACACUGUGUAGCUUUAAUGCUCAGGAAUAUCGCAGCAAUAAGACGGCUGUUAUUUGGUAGAGAGAGCAUCAUAUCAAACUCUCUCUCUCUCUCUCACUUGUACUGUUACCUUUUCCUGUGUUGCAGCCAUGAUGCCAUAAUGUUUUUAUAAACAUGAUUUUAUUUUAAUAUUUGAUGUGCCAGUGAGAUUAAAGGACAGAAAACUCUGCACAUUUUCCAAUG